UCUUGAAAAAACACGCAAUGGAUGGUAGACUGGAAAUGUUGGAAGGAGAAUGGAAGGGACUGGAAUGCUUGGAAAUUGGAAUGCUUCCAUUGGAAUAUUUGACGUUUUCCACGCGAAAACGUCAAAAUAAAAUUUGCAAAAUUUAGGGUUUUUGCAGUAUUUUCCUCAAUUCUCGCCAAGAAUCGAGUGGAAAAGAGUGCAAGUGGUUGAGGAUGGCGAACCUCAAGACGGAAAAUUUGACGGAGCGCAUGGAGCGAAUUCGACUGAAGAAUGAGGAGAUUGAGAAGAAGCACAGAGAAGCAAUGGAAGACAGACUGGCGGCAGUGAAGAAUAAUGCAAUGGUGGCAAUAAAACCACCUAGUGAUGAUGACUGGCCCAGGAAGCACAAGUACGACACACUAGAUUUCACAUAUGAUGCCACUGAGCCCCAGAAUGUGGACAAAAUGCGUCCCGGACAAGUGACACAGGCCUUGAGGCCAGGGAAGGAGCAUAAGAAGUUUGCCGAUGGUCAGGGUCCUCCACCUGAUCCCGUUUACAAUUUCCUAGCAGAUGCCGAACGCGAUGGAACACCACAGCAGACAACACCGCCGAGGUCUGGGAAUCAGGAUGGUGCAGGAAAAGGGGCCGCCUGGAAGCAAUCCAGUGGCUACAGGAAUCGAAAUGGUACAGCUGGCGGGAGUUUUCGACAGAACAGAGGAAAACCCCGGGAACAGCGAUAUCCAUUUGAGAGGCAGAAAUCCAGCGGAGAUGCCAAAUGGAAGGGAUCACCGCAACAGCGCCCCACAAAUGCUCCUCCGAAGGCAUCCCCCAACGCGGCAGGGGAACUCGUGACGGAGAAAAGGGGCAAUAUCACCAUCUCUGUAUCCCAGGAUGGAGAGAUAAAGAGUGUCAAAUUGGCGUCCCCGCCUGCAGUUCCUGGUUCUGGUCGCAUCGGGAUACGUUCGGUGAAUAUGACAAAGGGAGCAUCAUCGCACUUCACCAAUUCAUCGCCACUCCACAAAAACUCUUCUAGUCACCAGCAUUUUCACUCGCAACCACAUCACCAUCAUCUCGAUCAUCAUCAAACGAUCAAGUCGAGCGGUGUGCAGAGUCGCUUAGAGCGGAACCGCCAAAUGGCCGCGGAAACCAUCACUGCUGAAAAUUGAGAAUGUGUUUCUUGGUCUCUGAUCGGAACAUUUUCGUCAAUUUUUUCUUUGUUUCUUAAUUACGGCUUCGCCUUUUUUCAUUCUCCUCCAAUUUAUAAUCCUCCGUAUAUAUUUUACUGUAUAUAAUUAUUUUUAUUCACCAUAUAUUCUGAGCACAUCAUAUUUAUUUAAUUUUUUUUAGUUUUCUCUGUUCAUUCAUUUUCUAUUUUUGUUUUUUUUUUUAAUUUGUUCAUGUUAUUCAAACAUGACUACAGAAUUUAUUUUAUUUAGUGACUUCAUUAUUUCAAAAUUCUUCUGCGCGAAAUAGUUUCCUACAAGAAUUUUUUUCCUUCUAAUUUAUUGAAUUACCGAAAUAAUCAGCAAUAAUUAUGACAUUUUCUGUUGAUAAUUUUUUUCUGGUGAAUCGUUUGAUUUUUAUUCUUUUAUUUAAUAAAGAAUUUUCUCUUUUUGGAUGCAAUAGAAUUGAGAUUUUUUGAUGUUGAUGUCUCAGAUUUUUUUCUUUUGGAAAAAUUGACAGAAAACAUAAAACACACAUUUUUUUAAAUAUAGUUAUCUCUUGAGAUUAAUUUUUCUCAUAUUUGUUUUUCUUCCUGAGACACACACAGAAAAUCGCCAAAUUUUUUUUUUUUUAGUAUAUAUAACUCACAAUACAACUUUUUUUCUUCUCAUCUUGGAAUGAAGAUUCUUCUCUCAUUUUAAGCAUUUUAGAAAAAUAGUCUCCCAUAUGAGUGUUAUAUUUAAAUCCUUUUUUUACGAUAUUUGAAUUGAUUUUAAUUCUUUGUUUUUUUUUAUUCACCAAUAAUUUGUUAAAUGUAUUACUAUUCUCAAUAAAAAUGUACUACCAUUAAUGAAAAUUACUAGCAAUAAAUUUAUAAUAUCUUA